AUGGUCGGAAUUGGCCCCAAGCGCCCCCCAUCCCGCAAGGGAUCGAUGUCCGAUGUGCCUCAGAAUCUUCUGCAGCAGAUCAAGGAUUUUGAGGACAUGUUUACCGUGGACCGCGCCAAGCUCAAGCAGGUGGUUGACCACUUCGUCAAGGAGCUUGAAAAGGGUCUCAGUGUGAAGGGUGGUAACAUCCCAAUGAACGUUACCUGGGUUAUGGGUUUCCCCGAUGGAGAAGAACAGGGAACCUUUCUCGCCUUGGAUAUGGGUGGAACCAACCUGCGCGUUUGUGAGAUUACCUUGACGGAAGAGAAGGGAGGCUUCGACAUCUGCCAAGCCAAGUACCGCAUGCCUGAAGAACUGAAGACCGGCACCGCUGAGGAGCUGUGGGAAUACAUCGCCGACUGCAUUCAGCAGUUCAUUGAGUUCCACCACGGAGAGGAGGGACUGGAAUCAUUGCCACUGGGCUUCACCUUCUCCUACCCGGCUACACAAGACUACAUUGAUCAUGGUGUUCUUCAGCGCUGGACCAAGGGCUUCGACAUUGACGGUGUCGAGGGAGAGGAUGUCGUCCCUCCCCUGGAGGAGACCCUGAAGAGAAAGGUAUGCCCUCUCCAGCUUGUCGUUGCCGAUCUACAGAUACCUGACAUGUGUGCUUCACAGGGACUUCCAAUCAAGGUCGCUGCUUUGAUCAACGAUACCACUGGAACACUCAUCGCCUCGUCCUACACUGAUCCUGAGAUGAAGAUUGGGUGUAUUUUUGGUACAGGGGUCAAUGCGGCCUACAUGGAGGAUGUUGGCUCCGUCCCCAAACUGGCUCACAUGAACCUGCCCCCAGACAUGCCAGUGGCCAUCAAUUGCGAGUACGGUGCUUUCGACAACGAGCACGUUGUUCUUCCUCUUACAAAGUACGAUCACAUCAUUGACCGUGACUCUCCCCGCCCUGGUCAGCAGGCCUUCGAGAAGAUGACAGCCGGUCUCUACCUAGGAGAGAUCUUCCGUCUAGCCCUCAUUGAUCUCCUGGACAGCAGACCAGGACUGAUCUUUCAGGGCCAGGACACCAGCAAGCUGCGGAAGCCGUAUCUGCUGGACGCUUCCUUCCUGGCUGCCAUCGAGGAGGACCCGUACGAGAACUUGCAGGAGACACAGGAGCUGUUCGAGCGCCAAUUGAACAUCAAGCCAACCUUGGCCGAGCUCGAGAUGGUUCGUCGUCUGGCUGAGUUGAUCGGUACGCGUGCGGCUCGUCUGUCGGCCUGCGGUGUCGCCGCUAUCUGCAAAAAGAAGAACAUCGAGAGCUGCCACGUUGGUGCGGACGGCUCCGUCUUCACUAAGUACCCUCACUUCAAAGCCCGUGGUGCCCAGGCUCUACGCGAAAUCCUGGACUGGGCCCCUAACGAGAAGGACAAGGUCACCAUUAUGGCGGCCGAGGAUGGUUCCGGUGUCGGUGCCGCGCUGAUCGCCGCUUUGACCCUCAAGCGUGUCAAGGCCGGUAACCUGGCUGGUAUCCGGAACAAGGACGAUAUGCAGAAACUGCUUUAA